ACUGGUGAUUGAAAGCAAGAUUAAUCAAUAAAAUGUUUUUAAUUGUGUUAGUUUGUGUUGAAAACGCACAAUAAUGUCGAAAAACGAAGAAAAAGGUGAAGGAGGAGAAGAAGACGGCGAGGUGAUGCCCUCGUUCUCUCAACCGGUGCGUGCUAAAAGUUUGGUUCGGGCAAAACUCGAAAAGCCCAGUGUGAUACUCCACAGCAGAAUGCCCAACAUCAAAGUCUUUAGCGGUACGUCUCAUCCGGAUCUCGCGCAGAGGAUCGUCGAUCGUCUUGGUAUCGAUCUUGGUAAAGUUGUUACGAAAAAGUUCAGUAAUUUAGAAACAUGUGUGGAAAUUGGAGAAUCUGUAAGAGGAGAAGAUGUUUAUAUCGUUCAAUCAGGAAGCGGAGAAAUAAACGAUAAUCUUAUGGAACUUUUAAUUAUGAUAAAUGCAUGCAAAAUUGCUUCUGCAAGUCGCGUAACUGCUGUCAUUCCUUGCUUUCCUUAUGCAAGACAAGACAAAAAGGACAAGACAGACAGUAGUGAAAAGUUAAUGGCAAAAUGGAAAAACACCGAGUGGAAAUUCAGGAGUCGAGCUCCAAUUUCGGCAAAACUCGUAGCUAACAUGCUUUCGGUAGCCGGAGCCGAUCAUAUAAUAACAAUGGAUCUCCACGCUUCUCAAAUUCAAGGAUUCUUCGAUAUCCCCGUUGAUAAUCUUUACGCCGAACCGGCCGUUUUGAAAUGGAUCAAAGAGAACAUCGUGGAGUGGCGCAACAGCAUCAUCGUUUCGCCGGAUGCUGGGGGCGCGAAACGAGUGACAUCGAUAGCGGAUCGAUUGAAUGUGGAGUUCGCUUUGAUUCAUAAAGAACGAAAGAAAGCGAACGAAGUCGCGUCGAUGGUGCUUGUUGGUGAUGUGAAGGAUAGAGUGGCGAUUUUGGUGGAUGAUAUGGCUGAUACUUGUGGAACGAUUUGUCAUGCAGCUGAGAAAUUGAUGGAAGCUGGGGCUACGAAGGUUUACGCGAUUUUAACACAUGGAAUCUUCUCUGGGCCGGCUAUUUCUAGGAUUAAUAAUGCUUGUUUUGAAGCUGUUGUUGUUACUAAUACCAUUCCUCAAGAUGGACACAUGAAAGAAUGUCCGAAAAUACAGUGUAUUGAUGUUUCUAUGAUGUUUGCGGAAGCAGUGAGACGCACACAUAACGGUGAAUCAGUCUCAUAUUUAUUCUCCAAUGUUCCUUAUUGAACAUUUUUGCAAGUUUCAUUUUUAAUAAUGUAAUUGUAAUAUAAUUUUUUCAUUAUUUCGCAGUGAUUACAUGUAAUUACUUUUUUUUUGUUAAUUUUUUUCUUUUUAUUUAGAGAAUCUCUAGGUUAAUUAUGUUUGUAAUUAUUAAAUGCAUGGUUGCCAUAUUUCUUUUUAACGUGAAGUUUUUUAAAAUAAAUUUAUUAUUUUCUUUUAGAGGUUAAUUCUAAAUAAAUUUGGCGUUUUUUGGUGAGUCUUGGAGAAUGUCCGAAUAUAUUUGUAUGUUAGGAGAAUAAAAUAAAGAACGUUUCGAUACUAAAUGAGA